AUGUCCCUCCUCUGUGCCAGACCAGGCCCCAUGCUGCUCUGCAGGAUUGUGCUGUUCGUUGAUAAGUAUCCCCCGACCCCUCGGGUGGGGAAUGGUUUCUCGGCCCUGUUCAUCAUCCUGGUCUACUUGGUCUCGAUGCACCUGGUCAGUGGGCCAGAAGCUGGGCCUUCCCCUCCCCCCCACCACGGCCUGACCAGCACCAAGGUCGACCGGGCUGCCGCCUCCAUUGCCCGGGACUCUGUUGCUUCUGUGCCCUCAGCCCUGCAGACUCACCACUUUGAAGCUGCAGAGGUGUUUUUCCGUGAAUGCAUUCCCUGUGUUGGGCAAACUGGCUGGUUGUACCUCCGAACCUUGCCAGACCCCAUGUUUGAGGGCGACAUCCUGACUCUGCAGUGCCAAGGAUGGAAGAACACAGCCCUGUCCCAGGUCCAGUUCUACAAAGACAGGAAAUUACUCCACGACCCGAAGGCCAAAUGGUUUCUGCCCAUGGGGACAGCAACACUGGAAAGCAGUGGCCAGUACAUCUGCACUGGGAAGGUGACCUUCAUCCCGGACCUGGGCGCACAAAGGUCAGAGAUGACCACGGUUCAAGUUCAAGAGCUGUUCUCACCUCCAGUGCUGAGCUCUGUCCCUUCUCCCGAGCUCCAUGAGGGGAGCCCGCUGACCCUGAGAUGCCAGACGGAGCUACACCCCCAGAGGUCGGCCUUGGGGCUCCUCUUCUCCUUCCACAAAGAUGGCCGCACCUUGCAGAACUGGGGCCCCCACCCAGAGCUCUGCCUCCGAAGCCGGGUGGGAGCCUCUGGGCUUUACUGGCGCCAGGCCACCCCCGAGGGUAGCAGGGUCCAGAAACAGAGCCCCCAGCUGAAGGUGAGGUGCAAGGUAAGUCCUGUGUCCCAGCCUCUGCUCACCCUGAGACCCAGGUCCACUGGCCUUGCUGUGGGGGAUGGGGUGGAGCUCCUCUGUGAGACCCAGAAUGGCUCCCCUCCAAUCCUGUACUCAUUCUCUGAUGAGAAGAUCCUGGGGAACCACUGUGCUCCCCAUGGAAGAGCCGCCUCCUUCCCCUUCACUGUGACGUCAGAACAGGAUGCUGGUAGCUACUCCUGCCAGGCUGAGAACAAUGUCUCCAAAGAGACAAGUGAGCCCAAGACACUGUCCCUGGCUGGUCCUCGGGGCUUGCCUACCCUCACCAGCAGCCCCUGGCUGGUUCCUUGUCUAUCUGCGAGCCUGCUUGGUGUGCUGGUCAUCGCCACUGCAUUGAGGGCUUACUUCAGACCCUGGAGAAAAACUGGGCCCCUCCCAACCCAGAAUCCGCCCCCAGCCCCAGGUGGAGAGCAGCACCCACUGUAUGGCAAUGGUAAGGACUUGCAGCAGGACCAUGCGUGGCCUGUCACUGAAGACCGAGAAAGGAGUCUGAGGGGGAACGAAGAGAAGGAAGCCCUGUGA